AUGGAGCUGAAGGAUGUUGAAAGGAAAAUUGCACAGCAGGCAGCUAAGCUGCAAGGGGUAGACUUGGAUCGAACUGUCCAGCAGGUUAACCAGGAAAAACAGGAAAAACAACAUAAAGUGGAUACAGUUUCCAGUAAGAUUGAAUUGAACCGUAAGCUUAUACAGGACCAGCAGGAGCAAAUUCAGUGCCUGAAAAGUAAAACAAAUGAGCUGAAAUCAGAGAAACUGCAGAUAUCCACGAAUUUGCAACGUCGUCAGCAAAUGGAGGAGCAGACUGUGGAAUUGUCCACAGAAGUUCAGUCUUUAUACAGAGAGAUAAAGGAUGCUAAAGAGCAAAUAAACCCUUUGGAGACAGCACUGGAAAAGUUCCAGCAGGAAAAAGAAGAAUUAAUCCACAGAAAGCAUACAAGUAACAAAAUGGCUCAGGAUAAAAUCAAUGAUAUCAGAGAGAAGGUUAAAAAUAUUAAUGGUUACAUGAAAGACAUAGAGAAUUAUAUUCAAGAUGGAAAAGAUGACUAUAAAAAGCAAAAGGAAACCGAACUUAAUGAAGUUGUAGCUCAACUAAAUGACUGUGACAAACAAAAAGAAAAGAUAAAUAAAGAAAUGGGAACCAUGAGGCAAGAUAUUGACACACAGAAGAUACAAGAAAGGUGGCUGCAGGAUAACCUUACACUAAGGAAAAGAAGAGAGGAACUAAAAGAAGUUGAAGAAGAAAGAAAACAACAUUUGAAGGAGAUGGGACAAAUGCAAGUUUUACAAAUGAAAAAUGAGCAUCAGAAGUUGGAAGAGAACAUAGACACUAUAAAACGAAACCACAGUUUGGCAUUGGGGCGGCAGAAGGGCUAUGAAGAAGAAAUUCUUCACUUUAAGAAGGAGCUCCGAGAACCUCAGUUUCGGGAUGCUGAGGAGAAGUAUAGAGAAAUGAUGAUUGUCAUGAGAACCACAGAGCUGGUGAACAAGGACCUGGACAUCUACUACAAGACUCUCGACCAAGCAAUAAUGAAAUUUCACAGUAUGAAAAUGGAAGAAAUCAACAAAAUUAUUCGUGAUCUUUGGCGGAGUACUUAUCGUGGACAAGAUAUUGAAUACAUAGAAAUUCGAUCAGAUGCUGAUGAAAACGUGUCUGCUUCUGACAAAAGGCGGAAUUACAACUACCGAGUGGUGAUGCUGAAGGGGGACACAGCCUUGGACAUGCGGGGACGAUGUAGUGCUGGACAGAAGGUGCUAGCCUCUCUCAUUAUCCGCUUGGCGCUGGCUGAAACCUUCUGUCUGAACUGUGGCAUCCUUGCCUUGGAUGAGCCGACGACAAAUCUUGACCGAGAGAACAUUGAAUCUCUUGCACAUGCUUUGGUUGAGAUCAUAAAAAGUCGCUCGCAGCAGCGUAACUUCCAGCUUCUGGUAAUCACUCAUGAUGAAGAUUUUGUGGAGCUCUUAGGGCGAUCUGAAUACGUGGAGAAAUUCUACAGGGUGAGGAAGAACAUGGACCAGUGCUCGGAGAUUGUGACAUGCAGCAUUAACUCCCUGGUUCACUAACGUGUUUUAGUAGGGAAGUAAGUCACGUGAGGGGAUUGAGGCUGUCUCUAUACUGAAGACUGAACUGAUGCCUGACCCAGUCCCCGUGGUCCUAGCAACCUCCCCGUUCUGCUCAGCCUUUCAUCCUCCUGCCAACUGAAGGCCAUUCAGAUGAAUGACACUUCUCAAAGCAGGGCUGACUUGGUGGGGUAUUGUUGCCUUGGUGAUUUAUGGCUUAGGCACUUAAAACGUUAGUAUUUUCUGAAGCUUUGAAUGAGAAAUAAUGACUGACUCCGCUUUAACAUGAAUCCAUGAAUACAAACUGUCUAUCUGAGCCUGUGUCUCCCCAACUAAAACUGUGGUCAUUGAGUGGUGGCUGGCUGUGGGGCAGAAGCAGAGGUGACCAUCUGAUAGAAUAAAUACCCAGUUCCCUCCGUGCAGCUGCCAGAGGAAACUCCCCACUCCUGCCCUGCCCAUCAUGCAGAGGCCUGCCACUCUUCUGUCAUGUGUAUCCACUUGACAUGGCCACUAAUCCCAACUGCUCUUCACAGCAGGUUCCCAUGUGGGUGGGAAGCUAGGCUUGCCCACAGCGGGGGCCCUCUCCCCAUGAACAGGCAAGGGCAAACCUCAUUUUCACUCCAGAGGCCGAUCCUGCUGAAGUCCAGUACACAUUUCCAUGGAAUUUCCAGCUGAAGCCUUCUGUGGAUAUUCUCUGUAGACAGGGUACAUCAAAGUCCCAUGCUUACAGCGGUCCAGUUCUGUCACUGAGCUGCUCAGGCCUGCUCUGCGCCGUCUGCAGAUCUCUAGAACAGGGCCAUUUCUUCCACACAGCCUUUUCCAUCAAGUAUAUAAAACAGAUGCAUAAGUAAAAUGUAACUGAAAACAGAUAAAGAAAACUAGUUUAAAACAAUUCAUUGGUGGGGGCUGGAGAGAUGGCUCAGCUGUUAAGAGCAUUGCCUGCUCUUCCAAAGGUCCUGAGUUCAAUUCCCAGCAACCACA